AGAGUCGUUGGGCUCUAGUGGGGGUACCGCUGGCAUUCAACCAUCGCUGGGGCCGCAAUGCCUACGAAUGCCAGCCGCGGGCAGUCGUACCAAAGGCGUCUCGCUGGAGUGGCGCUCCUGAUGCUGGCAAUGCCGGUGGCUGGGCGCUGGCUGCCCUCCCUGGCCCGCGCGUUCCUCUCGCGCGUGGCCGCGCCCGCGACGAUGUCGCGGGCGGCCGCGCCCGCCUGCCAGGCGAGCGCGGAGGCGGCUGGAGGAACGAGCGCACGUGCCGGCCUCGAGCUUCCUGAACCAGGAGCGGGCCAUUCAGGUGGAUGUGGACCUGAUGUCGGCCGAGGGUGCGUUCUCCAUAGACCAGCUGAUGGAGCUCGCGGGGCUGAGCGUGGCCUGCGCCUUGGCGAAGGAGAUGUACCCGGCGGAGUCGCACCCGUCCGUGCUCAUCGUCAGCGGCCCUGGCAACAACGGCGGCGACGGCCUGGUGGCGGCCAGGCACCUGCACCACUUCGGCUACCGGCCCAGAGUGGUGUACCCCAAGAUGGAGAAGCGGGGCCGCGGCUCAUCGCGGGGAACGAGCUGUACAGGCGGCUAACGCUGCAGCUGGCGCAGCUCUCCGUGCCGGUGGUCUCCGAGUGGACGCCGCCCGCCGCGGGGGAGGCGGACGUGAUCGUGGACGCGAUCUUCGGCUUCUCAUUCAAGGGUUGGCGGGGGGGCGGCAAGGACCACCCCGACGCACCCUUCGACGAGAUCGUCCGCUUCCUGUCCGCGGAGGGCCAGGAUGACGACGACGACGAUUACGACGACAACGACAAUGACGAGCUGAUGACCCUGCUACAGGCAGGGCCGCCGGACUCCGACGCCCUGCGCCCCGAGAUGCUCGUGUCGCUCACGGCGCCCAAGCUGUGCGCGCGGCUCUUCCAGGGCAGGUUCCACUACCUAGGAGAGGCCGCUUCGUGCCGCCGUACAUCACGGAGAAGAACCAGCUGGAGCUGCCGCGAUACCCCGGUGCGGAGCAGUGCGUCCGCUUGGCUCCGUCUUGACUUGGUUGAUUGCGCCUGGUGUACCGCGCCUCAAGCGCACCCCAGCUGCUUCGGCCGCGCGCCUGUAGGUGGACCGUGCCGUGGCCGCGCCCCGUGGACUGCGCGUCUGCGACCUGGCUGGUGACCGGUACAGACCGUCAGCCCAUGCAGCGGGGCGCUCGCUCAUCUGUUUGCUGAGGGCUUCGCUGGGGCUUCGUAGUUGCAGCCUCGCGCGUCAUCAAUGAAGCAGGUGGGAAAAGGUUUCUGAUUUAGUGGACUGCGCCUCAGCCGUAAGCCUAGAUUCAACAGCCCGCUCUUUUCCAUUAUGGUCGGCAGGUCUUACUCCCGCGCGCGACCUCGGAAUUCAGGGCGAUGCUGAGGAGCUCGUCGACCUGCCCGCGGACGGCAAAGGUUCGUGGCUCUUGCGGGCAGUUCGUCUGUGCUCCCACCCGGCC